CUUGUCGCUAGUUUAUUCAAUCUCAGUUUUUAAAAGAUGAUUUUGUACAGGCUACAUGUAGUGCGAUUUGCUCUGAACACAAAAGUUUUCGGAAAAUAUAAUUUCAUCGUAGUUGUGCUGAAAUAUUCGUGUUUGUAGUGCUUGCUAUUUUGUCACUGUAGUGGAAAAGGCACAAUAAGGUCAGAGUUAAGAACAUGCGUCGGAUAUUUCCGAAACACGUUCUUCACGGAUAUGUGUCGGAUGGACCUAUCAGAGACGUCGUUUCAUGGCAGGUACCCGGAUGUAGCCGUGGGGCAAUUAGCUACGUCAUUGUUCACCGGCGGACACCCGCUGGAAAUAAGAAAUGGAUUUAAAACCACUAUUAAGGUGUUCAUAACAGACUCCAGCUAUGAACAAUGACCAUAGUUGACAGAUUGUCAGAAAAAUCUGACCACGAGUCAGUUGGAUUUAACCGAUCCUUCACCAGUGGAGACGUGGGGAUGGACGGCAGUUGUUCCAGCAGCUGGGCGGUGGGUCCCAGCAUGCCCGGCGACUCUCCCAGGCUCAAGCCUUCAGGAGGCUGCCUGGGUCCGACCCCUGGUGCUGCCAUCUAUAACGGCACACCCGCCUCUAUGGACCGCCCCAAGGACCAAGUGAUGAGCAGUGAAGAUGGCAUAGAGCUGCCUCAGAAGGUCCUGUUUCCUCCAGAGCGGCUCAGCCUGAAGUGGAUCCAAGUUCAUCGCAUUGGUGCCGGCCUGCAGAACAUGGGGAACACAUGCUUCCUCAACUCAGCCCUGCAGUGCCUCACCUACACUCCACCGCUUGUCAACUUCAUGCUGUCAAGGGAGCACUCCAAAACCUGUCAUGAGCCUGGAUUCUGCAUGAUGUGCACCAUGCAAAACCACAUCAUUCAGGUUUUUGCUAACUCUGGGAAUGUCAUUAAGCCCAUCGGUGUCCUCAAUGAGCUUAAAAGAAUUGCAAAGCACUUCCGCUAUGGAAGCCAGGAGGAUGCUCAUGAGUUCCUGCGGUACACAGUGGACGCUAUGCAAAAGUCCUGCUUACCUGGAACCAAAUUGGACAGGCAAACGCAGGCCACCACUUUCAUCCAUCAAGUGUUUGGAGGGUACCUCAGGUCCAGAGUGAAAUGUCUGAACUGCAAAUCAGUUUCUGAUACAUUUGAUCCUUUUCUGGACAUCACGCUGGAAAUUAAGACGGCACCCAGCGUCUCCAAAGCUCUGGAGCAAUUUGUCAAACCAGAACAGCUGGAUGGAGAAAAUGCCUACAAGUGCACCAAGUGCAAAAAAAUGGUUACAGCCUCAAAGAGAUUCACAAUCCACCGCAGUCCUAAUGUGCUCACUCUCUCACUAAAACGAUUUGCAAACUUCACUGGAGGAAAAAUCACAAAGGAUGUUAAAUAUCCAGAGUACCUGGAGCUGCGGCCCUUCAUGUCCCAGUCUCAAGGAGAGCCCCAGAUCUACGGCCUGUACGCUGUGCUGGUCCACUCCGGUUUCAGCUGCCACGCUGGCCAUUACUUCUGCUACAUUAAGGCCAGCAAUGGUCAGUGGUACCAGAUGAACGACUCGUCUGUCUCUGUGAGCGACAUCCGCUCAGUCCUCAACCAACAGGCCUACGUCCUUUUCUACAUUAAGUCGUGUAAUGUGAAGAAAACUGGGGAAUUCAGCAAUGUGAGCCAUAACCCAGGUAUGUCUGGUCAGUCGUCUCCCCGGCCGGUGGUAACCCCUCGCAUCCACACCGCCGUUCACCAUGGCAACACUGGCUUCAUCGGCCCCCAGCUACCACCACACAUGACCAAGAACACUCUCCAUGUUAAUGGGAAUGGAUCUCUGAGGGACUAUCCCAGCAAUUCUAAGGCCAGCAGCAGUGCAGUUGGCAAACCCAGCCAUGGCCUGGCUUCUUCCUCAAUUUCCCACUCAAUCAGUCGACCCACAUCCAUCCCAGACCAAGAGAAACGACAGAAGCUUUCGUUUUUUAUUGGACAAGGCAAACAGAACCGAGCAUCUUCCUCAUCUACCUACAGCCACCCAUCCUCUGCAAGCAGCUCCUCCUCCAGCUCGUUAUCUUCCUCGCAGUCUACCUCAGACGUUCACUUUGUUCCGCGUCAGCUAAACCACUUUAACGGCACGCCCAGCAGUAACGGCGACCAACCCGCCGGGGGCAACGGGUCGUCUUUACUGGUGCCGUACAGUCAAGAGUCCUCUGAAGAAUCCGACCAGGAGAACAGUACCACUCAGGAUGCUGGCUGCAUAUCCAAGCCUCAGACUAAGGGAACUAAUGGAACAGGAGAUGUGUGUGCCUCUUCUUCUAAAAACACAAACGGUGAAAUAGAUGUCUGUCAUAACAGUAGUGAAGUGAACGGGUCAACCUCUGAAUUUACAAAAACAAACCAAAAUGGACAAUUUAAUGGGCUCCACAAAGUUAAUGGACACAACAUACAUGACAAGGGAUCCAUCCAUAAUCAGGACAGUUCAGCUGUGAAUGCUGUUGCCAAUGGACUUGGCAGUGACCACAAUGAACCCAAUUCUGUUCUUUGUGAUCCCAGCAAAGAGCUCGUUGACCCGGCCUCAUCGCAGACUUGUUCAGCUCAGAGUGCUACUCCUGCUGCUAAUGAAAGAGAGCCCCUCUCUGCUACUGUUGAUGAAAGGGCUAAAACGCUGCCUGAACCUCUUCCUCCUCCUCACCACACCUCAUCCUCUGCUGUUAGCUCCUCACCUUCAGCUACUACUUCCAAGACGCACGCUGUUGGACCCAGAGACCUGUCAGGAUUCCCCUCAGAGCCAGUCUGCUGUCAAAGUGCUAAUGGGAUCUCUACAGCUGCUCAGAACAUUAGCAAAACCGAGGAAGAAGUUAAGGAUUCGUCGCAGACCAACGGUCCAUCAGCACGGCCGGACGGUGGUACAGAGAACAAGGGGCAGAGCCAGUCCAAGCCCGGUUCUAAAGGCCAUGAAAGGCAGUCAUCCCAUGACAGGGACAGAGACAGAUUCUACUCUGACUAUAGCAAAGACAGAGACAGACACUACAGGGACAGAAGUCCACCACGAGAAAGUUACAGCGAUCGCCAUCGGUAUAGGCGAGACUACCGGGAUCACCAUCGCUCCUACAGGGAUCGAUUUCCUCCUGAGCGGAGCUACUGGGACUUAAACCGCCGCAAGGAACGACUCGGGUCGCACUCCUGGGAGCAUGAUCGCGACCGGCGCUCAUACCAUUCCAGCCAUUACUACCACAAGUAUGAUGGGAGACAUGAGAGGAGGGGAUACCCACAACCUCAAGAGUCUCACAGCUAUUGGCGGUCGCAAAAGGACGGUCGGGAAUCCUGGGCAAUGAAGGACAAAAGGAAUGGGUGGGAUAGGGAAGAAAGGAGUUCCUCCCCAGCUGCUACUGCUCUAGAAACAAACAAGUCCAAGGUUUCCCCCCCCCUGGACCGCCUCUGUAAUUUUAACUCUACUCUUAAGAGGGAGGAGUCGAGUGACAAGAGGCCAGCUGCUCAUCUAAGAAAGGAGAGAGAGGACAGCUCAGAGGGCCGCCACUCCAAAAAACACAAAAAAAGCAAGAAGAAGAAGAAGUCAAAAGAUAAAGACAGGCACCACGAGAGCAGCUCUGACCCGGAUUCAGACAGAGCCACCGAGAGCAGGAAGAAGAAAAAGAAGAAGAGGCGGCACAGGGACAGCGACUCCGAUUCCGGACGGGGCCACGGCAACAGAGGCAGCAAAGAAAGAGAGAACCGGAAGCGCCAUCACUCUGACACCAAGGACUCGAGGUACGACCAAGACUUUUUACCAGAGAAACGUCAGCGCACAGACUGCAGCGAUGGCAGCAGGGACCAGCCACUCCCACCUCAGCACCACGCCCUCUCAAACCAUUCAGCUCACCAACAUCUCAACGGACACACAGGAGACGGUCGAACCAAUGGUGACUUCCACAGAUACUCCAGUGGCCUCAAGCAGUGACUACCCCUCACUCACCUGCAACAUUUGACAACAGCAGAGGAAUGAUAUCACAAAACUAUUUGAAGUGGUGCUUCUUCACUGGGAGUUCAAUUUAACAGUGUUCCUUUAUCUAUGAUUAUUCUCCUACGGUUAAAAAAACAACAAAAUCACCUGUUAAACAUUUAGGACUAAAAGAUGAUAGUAAUAUAUAGUUAUUUGAGUACAAACCAAGCCUGGAGCUUAAACAUCUCAGUUGCUGCUCAGCGGAUCUCAGGACUCAAACCCUUUGGAACAGAAAUCACUUAUCCACAUACUUCAAGUAAGAAUGAAACAAAAGGGAGAAUGUGUUGUGUAAAAAGACUGAGUCUCUUCAUGUUUAGAUGUUGAAGAUGUCACCAUAUCUGCACAGCUGCAAUGUUUUUACUUCUCACCUGUUGUUUUGUUGUUGAAUCCACGCUGUGGUCAAACUACCAGAGAGGGGAGGGGGGACGGGGGUGCAUGUUUCUGAAUGAGGCGGAUGAAUGCAGUGGUGUGAACAUGGGUUUGUUGAGCGAUACCUCCAUGUUAACCCUGGACAGACUUGAGGACAUUUAUCUGCUUUAUUUGUUAGUUUUUUGUUUUUUUGUUUUGCAACAACGUCCAUUUCCCCUCUUGACGCCUGAGUCUCCCUUUUUAAACCGUUUGAGUUAAAUUGCAUUUCUUUCUCCUGUUUUCUUUUAAGGUGUUCAGAAAGAAAAGCUUUUUAUAUAUUUUUUUUCUUUCACGACUGUGGACCAUUUGUGUUUAGUUUAAAAAAAAAAAUAAAAAUACAGUUUGUGUCUUCUAGCAUCAUGAAAUAUACUGUGAAGUUGAGUUUGAACUGUACUAUCAGUUAUUUUUAUAAGUAAAAAGCCUGUAUCAGGAUCUUCUUGCUUUGUCUGUAGAAGGAUUUGUGUUGAUUUUUGACCAUAUUCUCUGGACACAAGUCACUAGUGGAUAUGGUUAGAUUUUGGGGGUGUGAUUGUGAGGGUAGAGAAUGGGGAGGGUAUUUCUUUCUUUGUUUUUCAACUUUAGGAAGAAGUUGAGGAAACUGCUGUUAUACCUUUUUAUUUUAGCAUGUCUGAAUUUAUACAUUGUGUAAGGUAAAAGCCUUAAAUACAUUUGUUAAUGUCAGAAAUUGUAAUUUCUGUCUUUGGACUUUGUUUACAAGCUGUGUUGAAUGACAAACGUUGAUGGAUAUGUUGGAUUUAUUUACCUUUUGUAUUAUAGAGAAUUGAUUGAUUGUACCGAAGCCUUCUUGUUGAACAAACAUAUUUUCUCGUUCCAUUUAAAUGUAGACGGUAAACUUCCCACGCGUCACACUAUAUUCAGGUUUGGUCAAAUAACACUCAAGCUGUUUAUCUCUCCUUGGUCAGUAUUAGAGCUUGAGUCACACAUGUAUUAUUUCCAUAUAUGGAACAACCAAAGACUGGUUAUGUUUGGUGAGUCAAACUUUUUCACUGAAUUUACAUGCACACAAAGUCUUGUUUUUUUGUCUCUGCUCAGUAAAAAUGGUGUAAUGAGGCUUAUGCUCUACUAAGAGCUCCAUACAGUCCCUUUAUUAUAACACAUUAAGCUAAAAUAUUGAAUGGGUAAUGGCUAAAGCCAUGAUUAAUACUACAUGACCAUAAUGAUAACAAAACUGUACAUUAUAUUGCAUACACACUAAAUGUAAGUGGGGGGAGGGGCUGCCUCUUUUGUGAAACAAAAAGACAAUAAAUAAAACAAAUGAACUUCGAUUG